AGAGAGGCAGGCUGACACGACCACAGCUGCUGCUGCUGCUGCUUGAGCAGAAAACCGCACAGCAAACACGCCGGACCUCUUUGACGCCGCGCUCCGGUGCGCACGGUGCGGACGCCACGGUUUGUUUGGGUUUUCCGUUGUUUGUUUGGGGUUUUUUUUCGAGUUUUGAAAGAAAUUAACAACAUCGAAAAUAAAAGACAAACCAUCCAGCUUCAGAAACAGAGAGUGUGCGCUGUCUCCUCUGCGCCUCAACACACCGAUCAGUAGACAUGGUGGACACCCAGCAGCUCCUGGCCUGGCCUGUUGGCUUCAGUCUGAACACAGCAGAUCUGCCAGAGCUGGAGGACAGCUCCCACUCGCUCGAAAUGAAACAUUUGUCCACGUUUGACUACGCCUCCAUUUCCUCCUCCUCCAUCCCUUCCUCCCUGUCUCCCCCGCUUGUAUCCUCCAUCCCUUCCGCUGGCGUGGCCUAUGACCUAAGUCCACCGCAGAGUGAAGAACACCUGACCAACAUGGACUACACAAACAUGCACAGCUACAGGACACAACCAGACAUGUUCAAUUCCAUCAAGCUGGAGCCCGAGUCACCUCCACAGUACUCAGAUAGUCCCGUGUUAUCUAAGCUCCCAGACGAUACGUCGGCGGCAGCGCUAAACAUCGAGUGCCGCGUGUGUGGGGACAAAGCGUCAGGGUUUCACUAUGGCGUCCACGCCUGUGAGGGCUGCAAGGGUUUCUUCAGACGCACCAUCAGGUUAAAGCUGGUGUACGAUCACUGUGAUCUUCACUGUCGAAUUCACAAGAAGUCGCGUAACAAAUGCCAAUACUGUCGCUUCCAGAAGUGCCUCAACGUCGGGAUGUCACACAACGCUAUUCGUUUUGGCCGAAUGCCUCAGGCGGAGAAGGAAAAACUGCUAGCCGAGUUCUCAUCUGACAUGGAGCACAUGCACCCGGAGGCAGCAGAUCUGAGGGCUCUGGCCCGGCAUUUGUACGAGGCCUAUCUGAAAUACUUCCCUCUCACCAAGGCCAAGGCCAGGGCCAUCCUCUCUGGGAAGACCGGAGACAACGUGCCUUUUGUCAUCCACGACAUGAAGUCUCUAAUGGAAGGAGAACAGUUCAUUAAUUGUAAGCAGAUACCAGUCCCAGAGCACCACCAGCAGCAGCAGCACCAGACCUCCACUCUUCCACCCGUACACGGAGGCUACACGGAAACGCACCCAAUGUCAGAAAGUGAGGUUAUGAGAAUGACGGGCUUCGGUGGACAUGGAGAAGCAGACGCUGUGGAGCUGCGUUUCUUCCAGAGCUGUCAGUCUCGUUCAGCAGAAGCAGUGAGAGAAGUGACAGAGUUUGCCAAAAGUAUCCCUGGAUUUGUCGAUUUGGACCUAAAUGAUCAGGUUACUUUGCUGAAGUACGGUGUGAUUGAGGUUUUGAUCAUCAUGAUGUCGCCUCUGAUGAACAAAGAUGGGACCCUCAUCUCCUAUGGACAGAUUUUUAUGACGCGCGAGUUCCUCAAGAGUCUCAGGAAACCUUUCUGUCAAAUGAUGGAACCAAAGUUUGAGUUCUCCGUCAAGUUUAACACGCUGGAGCUGGACGACAGCGACAUGGCCCUAUUUCUGGCUGUUAUCAUUCUCAGUGGGGACCGCCCAGGCCUGCUGAAUGUGAAGCCCAUCGAGCAGCUUCAGGAGACGGUGCUUCAUUCACUGGAGUUGCAGCUGAAGCUAAACCAUCCAGACUCUCUGCAGCUGUUUGCCAAGCUGCUCCAGAAGAUGACAGACCUGCGUCAGAUAGUCACCGAUCACGUCCAUCUCAUCCAGCUGCUUAAAAAGACAGAGAUAGACAUGUGUUUGCACCCGUUGCUGCAGGAGAUCAUGAAGGACUUGUAUUAGAAUUCAACAGGAGAAGAGGACAAGUACAGAAA